UGAUACAUAUUUUUAGUGCAUUAUAUUAUUAAAGAAAUCAUGUUUCUUUUAAAUUAGUAAACUUCUAGGUAAAUAUUUUAUGGUAAUCAGAUUUAUCAUCCGCACAUUAACCUUCUUAUCUGAAAAAUUGCAAAAUAUAUCUAUGUUCUAUCAAUUAAAUCCCGUGUAAUUCUUGUAUAACGAAAUAUAUUAUUAUUGAAAUGAAAAAAUUAUUUUUUAUUAUGGUAUUCAGCAUUAGUCAUAUAGGUUAAUAAAAAUGACACCAGCCAUUGUUAUAAAUACGUCAUUGAAAACAAGUAAUUCUCUGAAUACUUGUUAAACAUCCAAUAGCUACUGCUAUUAUAUUAUCAUUUUAAGUACUAGAUAAGAGUUAUUUCCGGUUCAAUAAAAAAGGCUCGUUUCUGUCUGCGAUACAGUACACAAUUAUACAAUUGAUAUAUCGUUCUAGGUUGAUUUAACAAAUACAAACGAUUAUCAGUAUGGCAUCUCAGGUGCACGAAUUUAAUGUAGAAAUGACAUGUGAAGGAUGUGCCACCGCUGUAACAAAUGUACUUAAUAAGAAGGAAGGUAUUAACAAUGUGCAAAUAGAUCUACAAGGAAACAAGGUGUCUGUAACAUCUGCACUUCCUUCUGAUGAAAUAUUACAAGUUAUUAAGAAAACUGGAAAGUCAUGUCAAUUUUUAGGAAUAAAAAAAUAAUUAUAUUAUAGAUUUAA